UCACACAUCCGCAUCAGUCCCAACCGUCAACCUUUCCUUUCUUGGUUGUUUCUUGUUCUAAGAGCUGUGCUCAUACCUUCUUUACUGUAUUACUUUUUUUCCCCGACAAAUUCCCUUCAACCCACUCCUUAUUUCCUGUUAGGUGUCUGGAUAUACACUCUUUCAACAUGAAGAACUUCGGAGCUAUUUUAAUGGUCUUGGCCGCCGGUGCCUCGUUCGGUGCUGCCCUACCUACCCAACCUGCCCCAGGUGCCAUCGGGGCCCGUGCCACCCAUGAAUUCGCUCUAGAUGUUCGUUUCCCCAAGAAGAACAAGCACAACAAGGGUGCUGGAGCCGGUGCCGCUGCGGCUGCCAACGGGACCGCAGCCGCCGUUGAUGCUGGCGCUGCUGCUGCCAACGGUACAGCCGAUGCCAACCAGGGCAACGGUGCUGCUGAUGCCCAAAAUGGCCAAGGAAACGGCAAGGGCAAGAAAAACAAGAACAAUGGCAACGCACAGGAUGCCGCCGCUGCACAAGAUGGAGCCGCCGCCCAGGACGGAGCUAAUGCACAGAACGGAGCCGACGCCGCCAACGCCCAAAACGGUCAAGAUGCUGCUAAUGGACAAGAUGCCGCCAACGGUCAAGACGCCGCUGCUAACGGCCAGGAUGCUGCUGCUAACGGACAAGACGCUCAGAACGGAAAGGCUGGAAAGGCAGCUAAAGCGCAACAGAAUGCCGACGCCCAAGGUGCUGAUGCUCAAAACGGACAGGCCGCCCAGGAUGCUCAGAACGCCAACGCUCAGAACGGAGCUGGCGCCCAGGAUGGUGCAGCUGCUCAAGACGGUGCUGCGGCACAAGAUGGAGCUGCCGCCCAGAACGGUGCGGACCAGCAGCAAGGCGGUAACUCUCUCACGGACCUAGUCGGAUCUUUACUCGGCGGUGGUGCUAACGGCGCGGGCGCGAACCCAUUGGCAGAUAUCCUUGGAGGCGGUAACAAGAACGCAGCCGGCGGUGCCCAGGACGCUGGUGCUGCCCAAGAUGCCGGUGCGGCUCAGGGUCAAGCCCAGGCUGGUGGUGCCGCCGGUGCCGCCGACGCAGCUCAACAACAGGGUCAGGGUCAGCAGGGUGGCGGUCUCGCCGGCCUCCUGCAAGGACUCCUCCCUUAAGUGAACACACAAUCUUUGCACAUAUUUGAUUGAAUCCGGCAAAUCGGGGGAAUUGUAAAUAUAGGGCAUAGACGGGGUUUUUUCUAUUGAGCUGAGCGGCUCUCCGCGGGAAACAGCGCGGAAACUUGGGAUGACAAUGAAACGGCCUUGGAUAUCAAAUCUAGCUAGUCUAGAAUCAUGUAUGAUUGGAGGUGUAUUUAUUCCACGCCGUGAAGGGCGGUGGGGGGAUCGGUUAAGGCCUAACGAUCCGACGCCUAUCAGGAACUCUUUAUUUCUAUAACAAGUACACCAAUGAAAGUUGCGGAUGUGGGAAAGA